AAGUACAGUAUCAUCUACUUCCAGUCCUCGACGCGCCGUCGGCGUCUGCCGAGAUUGCAUCAACGUGCCGUCACGUGUCUGCACGCGUGUGCGGGCCGAGGCGCGUCGCGUCUACUAACUUGACUUUCACUUCGAACAUAGCACUCACGAUGGCCACACGCCCGACGACACGAGCUCGAACGAAGACCGGGACGCCGGCAGAACCUGUAAAUCCAAAUCCGCCAGCGCGCGCGACGAGAUCAAAGGCAGCAACACCGGCGUCUGGCACGUCGGGCACCACCACGACUACGAGAACGACCGCGACGAGAACAACUGCUGCGAAACCUGCACCCGCACAGACACGGACUCUCCCUGCCAGAAAGCCUCUGCUGAACCGUAAUCGCGACGAUGGCAAGUCUGCAUCUCCAUCACCUCCGCCAAGCAAGACCGCAGCGACCAAGGCCACCACCGCUGCGAAGGGCAAGAAGACGACCAAGGCAUCCCCGGAGCCGCAGAAAGAGUCGAUCAUGGCAUAUCUGCGGAUCCGGCCCCAUCUGAACGAUGAGCAGCCAACGUCGAAACCCUACCUUACCCCGUUGUCGGACACAUCCGUCCAGAUGUGCGAUCCGAAUCAAGAACUUACUGGACCAUCCCACUUCCGACCAUCCAGCCUGCCGCAAUCGUGCAACUAUACGUUUUCGCACGUCUUCAAGCCCGAGACGACACAGGCAGAGUUCUUCCAAAGCACCACCCUCCCGCUCGUCAAAGGCGUGCUGGAAGGCCAGAAUGGCUUGUGCUUCGCAUACGGACACACCAACUCGGGGAAGACAUACACCGUGCAAGGUGGUACCCAACCCGGUACUGCGGGAAUCCUCCCUCGUGCCGUCGACGUCAUCUUCAACAGUAUUGAGGGUCGUCAGGGGGAGGGGAAGUACCGCCCUCUGCGCCUCAACAGCGUCGAACUUGCGGAUCCCAAGGACAAUCGGCCAUUCCAAUUCAAAGCCGAACCAGCGCUAGCCCAAGCUCUCGGUCAAGCUUCUCCCAGCAGCACGGACCCCGACUUCGAUGUCGAUUCCACUGUGCUCGAGGUCGACCGCAACUACGAGUACAACGUCUGGGUCUCUUACGUCGAGGUCUACAAUGAGAAGGUGUACGACCUGCUCGAAUCUGUCAACGAAGGCAGCGGCAUACCGCGCCCGAAUUCGGUUGUGACGCGGCGUGCGCUGCAGUUGAAGGCGUGCCCGCCAUCGGACGGGGACGAGGCGACUUCACCGGGCAAGUACAUUCAUGAUCUGCGGCAGUUCAGGGUGUCGAGCGCGGCGGAGGCCAAGUCGGUCAUUCGGCUUGGGCAACUGCAUCGUCGCGUCUUUGGUACACUAGCCAAUCGUCAGAGCAGCCGUAGCCAUGGCAUGGUCAUUAUCAAGAUUGUGCGCGGUCAUCGUGGCGAGCGCAAUGACCCUACCUCCCUCCAAGUCUCCCGCCUCACUUUCGUCGACCUCGCCGGCUCCGAGCGCACCAAGAACACCCAAACCCAAGGCGACCGCCUCAAAGAAGCCGGCAACAUCAACAAAAGCCUCAUGGUCCUCGGCCAAUGCCUCGAGGUCAUGCGCGCCAACCAGCGCCGCCUCGCCUCCUCCCUCGCCAACCCUGUUAAUUCCGACUCGCGCCUGGACACGCGCGAGGUCAGGAAGCACCUUGCCUUGGUCCCCUUCCGCUACAGCAAGCUCACGGAGGCGCUCAUGGACUAUUUCGUCGGCGACGGGCGCACGGUGAUGAUCGUGAACAUCAACCCGUACGACACGGGCUUCGACGAGAACGCGCAUGUGAUGCGGUUCGCGGCGCUGGCGAGGGAGGUGUAUAUCACGCCCGCGCCUGCGCCGGUGCAGAAGCUGCCGCCGACGCCGGAGGAGCCGGCGCGAGGGGCGAAGGGAGCGAGGGACGUGCACCCGGGGAAGGCUAGCGGGAAAACGAUCAAGGAGCUUGGCCCGAUGACGCUGAAGGGCGAGGAUGUCGCGCCGCGGCCGUACACGCGGAAGGUGACGAUCUCGAUGGGUGGGGAUGGAAAGAAUGCGCGGCCAGUGGAGUCGACGUACGAGGUGCUCGAGGAGGACGCGCCGAACGAUGGCGAGGUGGAGGACGAGGCGGAGGAUGAUUACAUCUACCCGCUCGUGCAGAGCCUGUUUGACCAGAUCGAGGAUCUGCAGGCGCAGGUGUUCGCGCUUAACGUGAAGUGCUAUGAGAUCGAGGCGGAUACGCGGGACGAGGUGAUGCGGGAAAUGGAGCAGAGGAUGGCAGAGAUGGAGAAGAUGUACAAGCGGCAGCUGCUCAUGGAGCGAGAGCAGAAUGAGCUCAAGACGGACGCGAAGAUCGACAUGAUGCGCAACGCAGGCAUCUUCGGCAGUCCCACCAAGAGCACCUUUGGCAGCCCCGUGAAGCGCGUAUUCGGUAGCCCCGUGCGCAAGGCAUUCCCGGCCCCUCGCACACCGAGCGAGGCCGAAGAGGAGGAUGUCGAGAUGAGCUUGAUGGAGGAAGAGGAGGAGGAAGGAUCAUCCGAGGACGAGAGCCUGCGCUCGCGCUCCGAAUCCCCUCUCGCCCGCAAGAGCCGCGGCUCGCGCAUCGUCCGCGAGUCCGGGACCACCUUCCUCCACACGCCCAUCAAGGAGCCGCCCGCGCCACCCAUGGUCGCCUCCGACACCGAAGACGCGGAGUUCUCCGACGGUGAGGCGCCGACGGAGGAAACCGCGAGCGUGCAGGGCGAGGACGACGAGGAUGACGAAGAGGAGAGUGCGUAUGGCGAGGAAGACGAGGAGGAGGAAGAAGACGAUGAUUACAAUGAGGACGAGGAAACGGAGGAGGAAGAAGAGGAGUGGGAGCCGGCGAAGACGCCGAAGGCGAAGGCGAAGGGGUUGCCUGCGAAGGGCACGACGUCGACGGGCAAGGGCAAGGCGGCGGCGAAGCCAAAAGGCAGGGUGACAAAGCUCGCUGAGGACCUCGAUACUUUGAGCAUCGCCGGCGAUGCGGAUGAGGAUAUGGACGAUAUCCUGCCGCUUCCUCCCAAAAAGGGUCGUGGGUCUGGCGCGACGCAGGAUAGUGUUGACGAGCUGGACACGUUCUCGUCGGCAGGGAAGAAGAAGCGGCAAUUGGGCAAGAACCGCGUGCUGACUGAGGACGAGAUCGAGCAGGCCUCGUGGGCGGCAGAGCACCAACCCCCCGCUAGGGGCAACAUUCGACGUCUGACGAUGCCGAGAGAGGGCUCGUAGCUUCACUGGCAUCACAAGUGACUAACACGGCGACUGACAUGUGGAUCUUCUUUUAAGAUGGGCUCCUAUAGCUUCUGUUUGACCGGAAUGCAGACUUUCCUUUGACUGUAGGGAUGGAUGUGCAGUGCAUGUUGACCACUGUCUCCGCGCAUGUCUCACUGCUUCAUGAUCUCGCCUAGGUGCGCUGUUCAAACUCCCGCAACUCAUGUCAGAUUCAAUGUCCAUUCUAACUCGACAAUGUUACUUCAAUGGCUC